AUGGUUCGUUACGGUGCUACAUCAGCAAACCCAGCUAAGUCAGCUUCGGCUCGUGGAUCAUACUUGAGAGUUUCAUUCAAGAAUACCAGGGAAACCGCACAGGCUAUCAAUGGAUGGGACGUGGAGAAAGCUCAGAAAUACUUGGACCAGGUAUUGGAUCACCAAAGAGCUAUCCCAUUUCGCCGUUUCAACUCCUCUAUUGGACGUACUGCUCAAGGUAAGGAGUUCGGUGUCACCAAGGCUAGAUGGCCAGCAAAGUCAGUCAACUUUAUUAAGGACUUGUUGACUAAUGCUCUGGCUAAUGCCGAAGCUAAAGGCUUAGAUACCAGCAAAUUGAAGAUUUCUCACAUCCAAGUCAACCAGGCUCCAAAGCAAAGAAGAAGAACUUACAGAGCACAUGGUAGAAUUAAUGCUUACCAGUCAUCUCCUUCUCACAUUGAGCUUAUUGUGACUGAAGAAGGUGAGAAUGUUGAGAAAAGUGCUGAAGACAAGAAGGUCAGAUUGAACACAAGGCAGAGGGGAAGAUUGGCAGCUCAAAAGCGUUUGGCCGCAGCUCAAGCCUAA